GUCGUGUUUGGCCUCCUUAUUUUCGGACGUGCCCAAUUCUGCUGGAAGGCGUCCUCUUGCCCAGGAAACCUCAGUGUUUUGUGCAGCUCAAGCCGUUUUGGCUCAGCUAACCCGCGCCGCGCACAAGUGAAUCGAUUUCGACCAUGGCCUUCAACUUCGGCAGGACGGGCAGGACGAUGGAUGCUGAGAAUGUGAACCCCCGCGCCCGCAGCUCCCGCGGCCGCAAAGUGGGCUUGGGCCUUUCCAGCGCCGGCAUCGGCAACGCCCUCUCCAACACCAGCGGCCUCUCCGGCCUCGGCGCGCGAUCCAACGCUCGGCCCUUGCAGAGCCUGUCGGAUAUCACGAACCUCCAAGAGCGGGACGCCCGCAAGCCACGACAGCCGCUGGCCGCCCGCACGGCAGCGGCUCCCGCGCCCGUUCCCGCGCCCGUUCCCGUCCCGGUGUCGGCCGGGCCGGUGCCCACGCAGUGCCCGGUGGUGCCCCGGAGGUCCGAGCGGGGCCUGGGCCUGGAGCGCGAUCGGAUCCUGGAUGAAGCUAUGGAUGUGUCCAACGAGCGGACCGAGCGGAACACCCGCGUGGCGGAAGAGAAUCAUGCGCGGAGCCAAGCCGCGGCGGAGUACCUGCCUGAAAUCAUGGACGCCCUUUUCGACGAGGAGGUUUGCUGCAGGCCUCGGCCCAGUUAUAUGGAGAUCCAGCCCGACAUCAACGGCAAGAUGCGCGCCAUCCUGGUGGACUGGCUUGUGGAGGUGCACAUGAAGUAUCGGCUGCGGGAGGAGACCCUCUUCUUGGCGGUGAACUUGAUCGACCGAUACCUCUCCAGCCUGCCGGUGAUCCGCCGGCGCCUCCAGUUGGUCGGGGUCACCGCCAUGUUCGUCGCUGCCAAGUUCGAGGAGAUCAACCCGCCAAGGGCCAGCAACUUCGUGUACAUCACGGACAGCACCUACAGCAAGGAGGAGUUGCUGCAGAUGGAGUGCGCCAUGCUGAAUUGCGUCAACUUCCAGGUGGUGGUCCCUACAGCAGCCCACUUCCUGCACCCCUUCCUCCAGGCGAACAACUGCGAUGGCCCCAGGCACCGAGAACUCAUCAAGUACGUCCUGGAACUGGCACUGCUGGACUUGCGCAUGAUCCGCGUUUUGCCCUCGGAGCUGCUGGCCGCGGCGGUGCUGUUGGGCAACGAGCUGAUGGCCCGCCAGGCGCCGUGGCCCCGGGCCAUGGAGCUGGCCACGCGGCACACGCAGGCGCAGCUGCGGCCGCUGGCGGACGAGCUGCAUGGGCUGUUGCGGCAGGCGCCCACGCAGGCUCUGGAGGCGGUGCGCAAGAAGUACAUGUUGCAGCAGCACCACUGUGUUGCAAGCGCAGCGCUGGCGGGCGCAUAAACCGACGCCCAGCCGAAAUGCACGGAUGGCUCCUGAUAUGAACUCAUGGCCAUUUUGGGCCCCUUGGUGGCUGGUUUUACAUGGCCUCCAGGUGCCCACUGACUAAGCCA